UAUCUCUCCUCUUCCUAGCUCACACACAUACACAAUAUAGAACGGACCGGCGGACAACGGCUAAUAUACCCGCUUAGCCUGGCAGUGUCACCCCGGGAGCUGCUGUGAUGUGGAGCGGAGGGGGCGUCUCGGCUCAUCCCUCCUCCCAGCAGCAGGCACCGGGACUAUGGUCAGAGAGCAGGACGCUGCAGCUCUGGAACCGCUGGAAACAAAACCAAAAGUAGCCUGUGUGUCCGGAAGAGCAGCAGCCCCGCCCCGCCCGGUCACCGGCUCUGCCAGGCCGAGACACCGCAAGUGUAGAAGGAAGGGUCGGUUCCUGGCUCUGUCGUAGCGAGGGGGCACCAACUUUGUACUGUACUGAUGAGUCCCGGAGAAGGAGGACAGGACAUCGGCUGUGUCAGGCGGCUUCUGAGACCCGUCUGCUGCUGCUUCCCCCGGGCGUAGAGCAGCACAGUGUGUACAGUAUAUCUGUCUGUGGAGCCUCGGGCUCAUCAACCGCACUCCUUGUAGGCAGCAUGGAUUCCUUGAUAGAUGAUGACAUUUGUAUCCUGACUCAUGAGAAGGAAGACACUGUGAGGAUAAGAGACCAAGGCACUCCGGUCUCUGCAUCCUCUGGAGAGGCUUCAGUGGCCUCUCACUUUGCCCUUGUCACCGCUUAUGAAGACAUCAAGAAACGCUUGAAAGAUACUGAAAGGGAAAAUUAUUCCCUGAAGAGAAAAUUAAGACAAAUGGAAGAAAAGCUUUGUGGAAAUCGUGGAGGGCAAGUUAUGGGGGAAAGCGACAAAGUGAACAAAGCUUAUGGUGCCUUUCGUGAGAUUUGUAUUGAGCGAGACAUUCUGAAAAAGAAACUGAUAGCUAUGGAGGAAAAAAUUGAAUGUACAAGAAAUUUGAAUGAGCAGUUGCAGUCGAAAGAAGUGGAGCUGCUGCAGGUGAAAUCUGAACUAGAGACACAACAAGUGAUGAAAAGCUUAAGCAAGACUCCUACUGACUGGGAGAUUGAAAAGCUCAACAGUGAGUUGAAAAUCCGGUCACUGGAGCAAGAAGUAAAAUUGCUUCAGGAAGAAUGCGGAUGUCUCCAAGCGGAACUUCAAAGGACAAAGGAUGCAGCUGUAGACAAAAGUCUGUCUGGUAAAGAGGAUUCGGAAGACCAUGGCACUGAAAGCAGUGAGAGCAGCAUGCGGCAGGCGUACUGGGAGCUGAAGAAGGAAAUGUCUAAUUUACAUCUAGUGACUGAAGUACAAGCCGAGGUGCUAAGAAAGCUGAAGGGAACAGUGGCUGCAACCAAGAAAGCUUCUCAUGGCCCUGUACAGUGUGAAGAUGACUUAGAAAAGACCUGCAGUAGAUUGCGCAUAACCGCUGCUGGUGUCACUUAUGAAAAGCUGCCCUCUGUCUCGCCUAAAGGACACCCAUUUUGUGGUGGUGCUGCUGCAUCUCAGCCACAUGAAGACAUGAAUACACUUUAUGAACAGACUGAUGGCACACAAUGGACAAGUGAGAGGCCCAUUCCAGUAGGUGGAGACUGUGAAGAGACUGACUCAUACCAGAAAUCAUCUUCUGAAGAAACUUCCUGGGUGAUGCCAAGUCCUCCGAAGCCCAGCGAGACACUGUUUUGGGAAAUGAAGAAUAACUCUUCAGCAAACAAUAUGGGGAAUUAUUACACUCACAAUUACACCUUUAAGAGUUAGACAUUGCUUUAGAAGGCUUUUGUGGAAUUUACUGGUCCUCAGAUGUGUGGUUUUUUUUGUUUUUGUUUUUUUUAUAUAUAUCUUGUUAAUUUGUGUAAGUUUCAUUUUAUUCCUCAGGAACAAUUUGACACUGGUUUGACAAGCUUUGUAUUUUUGCUUGUUUAAAAGGUUAUCUGCUAUCUAGCAGAACUGCACUCCACAUAGCGGAACUGCACUCCACAUAGCGGAACUGCAGUCCAGAUAUAAAGAUCCCAAUGCAUUUAUUUUGCAUGUUAAGAUGCUUACACACUAGACGUUUUUGUCCAGUGUGUAUGCACAGCGAUGAUGUGAACAUCGCUGGUAGGAAAAUAGCUUAGUGCAUACACACUGGCGAUUUUCCCUGUGCCCACGGGGGGGGGGGGGGGGGGGAGCACUUUCCACAGUAGAAGACUGUGUAGAAUGGUGGCGGCCAACGAUGAUGUGGGGGUGCUCAUUGCCCGUCCAUUCACAACGCCAAAAGUGAGCUUGCUUUGAGCUCAAAAUCGGCUAGUGUGUAUGGGCCUUUGGCAUUAUAUAUCAAAUGACAAGAAUUUUUGAUUGUGUUUAUUUUGUUUUAAUCAAACUCGUCCUCUGUAUGGAGAAAGAAAUGAACUUUACAACAUAGAAAUUUUUAAUUAAAUUUGAUUUUCAAUAAAUUUGCAACUUAAGUAA